AUGUCCAUGGCGCCCAUCAAUAUGUCGAUGCUGGAAGCAAGUUUUGAGCCAAGUGGAAGUGGCCACCGAGGAAAUGAUAAUGAAGAGCAAGGUUUCCUUCAAGAAAACAGUUGCGAGAAGAGCUCCGGGAUGGUUCAUGAGAAGCCGGCCAAAGAAUCGAUGUUUUCAAUGUUCGAAUUCCCAAAGUCAGAGCCAGAUUUGAAUGCACAGGAGAAGAAAAUCGAGAAAGAGAAGAAGAAAGAGACGGAGAGAAAGACCAAGGAAAAUGAUAAAUCGAGAAAGAGAAGAAGAAAGAGAUUGAGAGAAGGAUCAAGGAAAAUGAGAGAAUCGAGAAGAAAAGAUAGAGAAGAAGAGAAAACGGACAAGAAGAUCAAAGAAGAGGAGAAAAGAAUAGCGAAGGAGAAAGCGAAAGAGAUGGAAAGGAAAAUUCAAGAGGACACGAAAAGAGAGAGGGAGAAAAUAAACUUUGAAAAAAAGAAGAUUGAAAAUGAAAUAAGCCAAAUCAAGGCCGAGUACAAAGAGAGGCAGAAGAGAAUUGAUUUGGCAAGAAGAGAACAAACACGAGUACACGCGCGGGAUGGUCAAGCGCCUGUCCGACACUCGCAUAGGCUUGCCGCAAGAAUGGCGUUAUCGUGA